AAGAUUAGUACUACUAGAUAUAUCUCUGAUGUCUACUAGUCACUAUGAUAAUACUUUUAAUUUACCUAAAAAGACAUAGAAAGCCGCAAAUAUGAUGAGGUUGUUGUUUGUUUUUCUCUCGACUUGGUCAUGGAAAAUCCCAACACUCAUAUUUUGCUUAAUCUCUCACGUUGACGAGACUCUCUCUCUUUCCUUGAAACCCCGCCACCACAUACUUGCACCAAUAGAAUACCUCUAAUUCUUUUAUCAUUUCAUUCUAAUCAUUCAUUAUCCUUUUCUUUACCAUCCUUUCUUUCAUCAAUCAAUCUUCCAUUUUUUGUUCUUAAAUUUCUCUCUUUAAUGUAAGAGAUUAUGAUAAGCUGGGAAAUACUAUGCCACUUUUUUAUACAUCAAUCAAAUUUUCAUUCAACCGUUGCUUUUUGUUCACUAUUGUUAAGCAUAGGAAGAGAUUACUUACUUGUUUCUUAAUUAUUACCAUAUAAUUCUAGCUGUAGGACACUAAUGAGAACAACUAGUGGUGAAAACGUGGAGACUUUACUAAAUACCCGCUCCUUUCAGGCACAUAGUAAAAUAUGCAUACAACUGAUGAAUAUAGUCGAAAGCAUCAUGAGGAUACUUCCAAACAUAGAGGAAGCAAGGCCUAGAUGCUCAUCCGGAAUAGAGUCUCUAUGUUCGCUGCACAACUCAAUUGAGAAAGCCAGACUACUUCUGCAACAUUGUUCUGAAUGCAGCAAACUCUACCUGGCUGUGACAGGGGAUACAGUACUUACAAGAUGCCUAAAGGCAAAAAAGUCAUUAGAACAAAGCUUAAUUCCCAUUCAGGGUAUGGUUCCAGUUCUGUUGGCUGUAGAGGUUUCUAGAAUAAUUGAUGAUCUUGAGUGUGCUACAUUUGUUCUGGACUAUGCCGAAGAAGAGGCUGGGAAAGUUUUAACGGAACUGCUUCAGCAUGGUAAUUCAAAUUCAGAUUCAGUGGAAGAUUUUGAACUUAAAGCACUUCAGUUUGCAGCACCAAGACUGAAUAUAACAUCACAAAAGGCCUUAUUAUUCGAGAGACGGGCGAUCAAGAAGUUGCUAGAUAAAAUUGGACAAAGUGACCUGAAAAAGUGGAAGAUCUUGAGAUAUCUUAUGUAUCUAUUGAAAAAGCAUGGAAACUACAUGGUGGCGGGAGAACACAUUGAGAAUUUUUAUUCUCGAAGAGAAGAAAUUGCAAGGGAUAACUCUAGUCGCAAUUCUCUACGAAGCAAUCGAGUUGAGUCGGAACGUAGCAUGAACUUUGAUCAGAAUAGAACUCACAUGAAUCAGUCGGAUAGAGUGACACCGCCUGAGGAAUAUAAGUGUCCAAUAUCCUUAAGAUUGAUGUAUGAUCCUGUUAUCAUUGCUUCUGGAGUUACGUAUGAAAGAAUGUGGAUAAGAAAGUGGAUUAAUGAAGGUAAAACUACAUGUCCAAAAACAAAAAUGGAACUAACUCAUACGACAUUGACUCCAAAUGUUGCCAUGAAGGACAUAAUAUCAAAGUGGUGCAAAAGUAACGGUGUCUCCAUUCCUGAUCCAAGUAGACAUACAGAAGAUUUUCACUUAAUGGAUGCUUCAAUCACCUCUAUCAAGAGUUUGGGAAGUUAUUUCAAUGAUUUGAACUUGCCAAUGGAUUUUAGCAACAUGUCUCUUGGAUCAUUGGAUACUAGUUUUAAUUCAGAUGUGUCACGAGUUCAGCCUAAUCAUGACUUGAAUUUGAUGAUGGCCAGGAGUAGUGAAAACUCUCAGUCUCACAUGCAAAGAGCUCAUGUACCAGAGAUACAUGAUUCAGAUUUGAUGCUCUUGCCUACACUUCAUGAUCUUCAAUGGGAUUCUCAAUGUAAGGUCAUUGAAGAUUUGAAAGAUCAUAUGAAAAGUAAUAGCCAAGCUAUUUUGUCUGUGUCAGCUGAAAAUUUAGUUGAACCAGUAGUCAGAUUUUUGUGCAAUGCAUAUGAUCUGCAAGACGCAAAAGCGCUGAGAGACGGAACUCAGCUGCUGUUGGAAUUUGUGAACAACUGCAGAAAUGGUAUGGCUGACAUAAGUGAAGAUACAUUCAUAAAGUUGGCAAAUCUUCUUGAUUCAGAAGUGAUAGGAGAAGUACUUGACAUAAUGGAAGAACUUUCUGGAGAUGGAAAUAGUAAAACCAAAAUUGCAGCAUCGAGUGCACUCACUUCUGUCUUAAAGUUGCUUGAUUCUGAUAGCAAAGAGUUCCAACAAAAAGCUAUAAGAACAAUCUACAAUUUGUCCUUCAAUAGUGAAGUUUGUCCACGCAUGGUAUCUCUCAAUUGCAUCCAAAAAUUGCUUCCAUUUUUCAAAGACAGAUCGGUUUUGCGAUACUGCAUAUAUAUAUUGAAAAACAUGUGUGACACUGAAGAGGGUAGAAACUCAAUUGUUGAAACUAGGGGAUGCAUAUCUUCUAUUGCUGAAAUACUUGAUACCGGAAGUAAUGAGGAGCAACAACAUGCACUUUCUGUUCUACAAUCUUUAUGUUCAUGCUCUCAAAGUGUGGAUUAUUGUAAGUUGAUUUUGGAUGAGGAAGAGAAUAUCAUCACUACUCUUUUCUAUAUCUCACAGAAUGGAAAUGAUAAAGGAAAGGAAAGUGCCUUGGAAUUGAUUCAACUUUUGAAAGAUGCUAAAGAUGUUGAGAAUGAAGAUAAUAGAUCCUCUCAACCAAUUACCAACAACACUUCUGGAGAAUCCAGCAGUCACACUGAAGAAAAUAGAUCAUCAAGAAAAUCGCCAUUUCUGAAGAAACUAGGAUUGUUCUCAAAAAACAAAAAGUGAAAUGAAUUCCUCAACAUGCUUGAUAAGAGCUACUUUGAAUUGAUGGAUAUAGCUGAUAUGAUUUAUAUAUGGUUCCUCAAUCUUUGUGGAUGUGUGAUAUAUUGGUUUUGCCUUUCUUAAGAUUAAUACUAAAUCUCAACUUGUAACAUAUUAAGUUCUAAAAUAUUCAUUCACAAUGCUUCAGCUGCAUAAUUUUGUACUGUAACAGCAGGCAUUGUAAGUAAUUGUAAUGUAUAGUUGUGCUUAUGUUUAUAGUAGGCACUGUAACAGUAGGGGUUGCUAAUAUUGUUAGAGUACUACCACUCUCAAUUUUUAUUUUGUUUAUUCUUAUUUGUAUAUAUAUUAAACACUUCUACA